ACAUAAUUUUGAGUAUUGAUCAUAAAACCCGCUAAAGAUGAAAUGUUUGGUUUCAACGUUAUGGUUUGUUAUAACAUGAGAGAAUUUUUACCGACUCAAGUUAUGAGCACCGCUAGCUACUUUGGAUCGAACUUUUAGCUGACUAAAGUAUACUUCAGGAGUUUAGUGAAAGAUUUAGAGUACGUUUUUAUGAUCUGCUAUAUUACGAGUUGUCUGUAUUUUCUUUUCUUAAUAAAAAGAUGUAAUUUUUGUUUAUAACUUUAUGAAAGCUUCUCUUUUUACUAAAAUGUGUUAUUUGUGUGGUUGAAUAUAAGUUGUAAAUGCAAUCUAUAACUUUUGUAAUGCUACUCUAUAGUUUGAGCCAGGUAGUAUAUGAUGGGUGUUUCUGUAUGUAGUCACAUAAUCGGUGAACUGUUCAACUGUUGUUAUAUUUUUUGACUUGGUGGGCCCAUGCAGUUUCUGUUUUCUAAACGUGAACGUAAGUGAAUCUGCGUUGAUAACUGGUAAUUAAGUGUAGAUGGGUCCAGGUCAUCAGUAUACACGGAUCGAUACAGUAGAGCUGAAAGCACUUUUAUAUCAAAAGAUUGGACAACAAAGAGCAGAAAAGUAUUUCAAUUUGCUCAACAAACUAUUCAGUCUCCAGCUGAGCAAGAGCAAUUUUGACAAGUUCUGCAUUCGAACUAUUGGGAGGGAAAAUCUCCCUCUCCACAAUCGAUUAAUUUCUUCAAUUGUGAAAAAUGCUACUCUAGCUAAAGUUCCACCACCAGCAGUCAAAAAGUUGGCAAAUUCUCUCAAUGUCAAAGUUAACCGCGGAUCCCAAAAAACCAGUCUCCAGUCUCUUUAUGGAGAUGCUUUUCCUGUAUCACCUCGCAAGAGCCGCUCUCCACGGGACCGUAAAUCUAAAGACCGUCCUAGUCCUCUUGGACCGAAUGCGUCAAAGGUCUACCAGGAGGUUCAUCAGAGUCCAACUGAGCUCCACUCUCUUGGUAGCAGACCACCUGUUGAAGUUUUAUCUGUUGAAGACGGCGAAGAAGUGGUUUCAGGAAGUCCUUGCAUUCAAAGCAGAAGCCCUGUUACAGCUCCUCUUGGCAUCUCAUUAAAAUCGGGACAGGCCCGAAAAACAUAUCAUUCUUCUGUUUAUGGCUCCAAUGGUUCACUACCCCUCCCCCAGACAUGCGAAAACAGUUGUGAAUUGCCAGAUAGUAGAUAUUUAAGGAGUCAUUUAAAGCAGAAACUGGAUAGUGAGGGGCUAAGCAUCUCAGAGGAUUGUGCUAACUUGUUAAAUGUUGGAUUGGAUGCUUACUUGAAGAGAUUGAUGGAACCAUGUAUAGGGCUAGCUCGGUCAAGAAUCACACGAACUGCACCUGGGUUUAAUGGAACCUUACAUGGGUUAUAUCGGCAAAGGCCAAGAAUGUCAAGUGUGUCGGUUUUGGAUUUUAAGGUGGCAAUGGAAUGUGAUCCCUCUAAACUUGGAGGUGAUUGGGCUACACAUCUCGAGAAGUUAUACUUUAGCAGUCUUCCAGAAUAAAGUUAGUUAGACUAGGUUGGGCGUGAUUCUUCGUCUCGUGUUAUUCUUCUAGGCAUUUCCAUCAUCAUGGAACUUUCUGAUAUUUGCCUCUGUUUUGUUUAUGAAAAUUUUCGAGUUUCAAUGGUUUUAUCAGCCUUUGUGUAUAGCAUACGAGAAUAUGCCUCCAAGACUGCAUAUAUUCUCUUUGAUUUAUCCAAAUUGUCAAUUUUGCAUCGA